AUGGCUAAGAGAAGAACUAAGAAGAGAACUCAUGCCACCGUUAACCCUGAGGAGAUCACUAAGAUCCCCAAAUCUAUGGUGAUAAGAGUGGGUCAAACAUCAAUGGGUAAUCACUCUUUAAACCAGCUGGUUAAGGAUUUCCGUCACGUCAUGGAACCAUACACUGCAUUGAAAUUGAAGGAGAGAAAAUCAAAUAAAUUGAAGGAUUUUGUAGUUAUGUGUGGACCCUUAAGUGUGUCACACCUGUUCAUUUUUACUCAAUCAGAAAGAACCGGUAACGUUUCAUUGAAAGUGGCAAGAGCACCUCACGGACCUACUAUCACUUUCCAAGUGGAGGACUUCUCCCUCAGUAAAGAUAUAAAGAGAUUUUUGAGAAGACCUAAAUCCCUGAAUGAUGAAGAUACUUUAAAUCCACCACUACUGGUGCUAAACGGAUUCAACUCUUUAAAGAAUAAGCAAGAAAGUCCAAGCGAAGAAGCUAACGUGGAGAAGGUUAUUGUAUCACUUUUCCAAAACGUCUUUCCACCGCUAAAUCCAUCAAAGACUCAAUUGAAUACAAUUAAGCGUGUUUUCAUGGUCAAUAAGGAUCCAGAGACUGGUGAAAUAUCUUUACGUCAUUACUACAUCGACAUCCAUGAAGUGGACAUUUCAAAGAAUUUGAAGCAUCUUUACACUGCCAAAAACAAUUUGCAUAAAUCUGUACCGAAUUUGCAUAAGAAGGAAGAUAUCUCUUCAUUAGUCUUUGACCACGAUGUAGGAGCAUACACUUCAGAAUCAGAAGUAGAAGAUGAAGCAGUUGUCAGUAUGCUUGACAAGCAGAACGUUAAGGUUGGUUCUGACCAACAACCACAACAGAAACCACAACAAGAGGAAGAACAACCAACAAGAAAGAAAGCUGUUAAACUCACAGAAAUAGGACCUAGAAUCAAUAUGAAAUUAGUCAAGAUCGAAGAAGGAAUAUGCUCCGGUAAAGUUUUGCAUCAUGAAUUUGUACAGAAGACCGAUACUGAGAUAAAGGCUCUCAUCAAAAGACAUGAACAGAAGAAGAAACUCAAGGAGCAGAGAAGGAAGGAACAAGAGGAAAACGUUAGUAGGAAGCAAGCUGUUAAAGAUGCAAAGAAAAAGCGUAAGAUGGAAAGAAGGGAAAGGAAGAGUGGACAAAGUACUAAAGAAAAUGACGAUGAAGAAGUUGCAAGUAGCAGCGGUUCCGAAGCAAGUGACGGUAGUGAUGAUGGUUCAGCUAAUGUGUCUGAAGAAUCUGAAAAGGAAUUAUUUAGUGGACAAGAAUAA